AAAUCUUGAAUAUAAAGAAUUUGGUUUGGCUUAAGAGACAAUUAGACAAACAGUUCGGUGGCAAAGAGGAACAACGGUCAUGGCUGCCACAUUCAUCUCUCAUACCUCGCUUGUUCAACCCAACCCUUCUCUCCCCCGCACGCCGCAACAACCUCCCUUGAAUGUGCGUUUUGUGACAAAGAGGGGAAAUGGGGUGGUGCCAAAAGCUUCUGCAGGUGUCUUGGAAGCAAAUUCGAAGCCACCCAUGUCAGCUAAAAAGUCCAGUAAUCCCAUUGUUGUUAUUGACAACUAUGACAGCUUUACCUAUAAUCUUUGCCAGUAUAUGGGGGAGUUGGGAUUUCACUUUGAGGUCUACCGGAAUGACGAGUUAACAGUGGAGGAGUUGAAAAGGAAAAAUCCUAGAGGAGUGCUGAUAUCACCUGGGCCAGGAACACCUCAAGAUUCUGGCAUAUCUUUGCAAACAGUUAUGGAACUAGGACCAAUUGUACCUGUGUUUGGUGUGUGCAUGGGUUUGCAGUGCAUGGGAGAAGCCUUUGGAGGGAAGGUUGUUCGUUCUCCUUUUGGUGUCGUGCAUGGAAAAAGUUCUUUGGUUUAUUAUGAUGAGAAAGGAGAAGAUGGUCUACUUUCUGGAUUACCCAAUCCUUUCCUAGCUGCAAGAUAUCACAGCCUCGUAAUUGAGAAGGAGAGCUUUCCUGAUGAAGAACUUGAGUUAACAGCCUGGACUGAAGAUGGUCUUGUAAUGGCUGCUCGUCACAAGAAGUAUCGGCAUCUACAGGGGGUUCAGUUUCAUCCAGAGAGUAUUAUAACCCCUGAAGGCCGAACAAUUGUUCGUAAUUUUAUCAAGCUUAUAGAGAAAAAGGAAGCUGGUGGUUCAUGAAAAUAUUUCAUCGUGCAGAACAUAGUUUGAAGUGAAAAGAACAAUUGGCUUAUUUGUCAACCGCAGUUUAUCAUUCUGAAGCAAAGUGAGGUGGGAAAAAUAUUUAGCAUAAUAUAGAUCCUUAAGAUUUCCCUAAAUUAUAUAAUCUGGACAGAAAAAGAAAAUAAUGAGAUUCUAUACUAUGAAUUGCAGUCAAUAUGCUUAGAGGAAUAUCAGCAACAAACUCUUUUCAGUAUAUUGUUGAACAAACUUUUUAUUAUUAUUGGUACA